AUGAUCGAAUCGUUUCAUGGCAGGUCCUUGGGCUACAUCCCCAACGCUCAAGCCAUCCGCGAUGCUGCUGAGGAUGCUACCAUCAUCCGUCCGAACUUGGCUGAGGGCAUUGACCUGCACGGGCAGGGUGUUCAUCCAUGGAAACCUGCUGUGGGUGGGUUCAGCGGCAGCAGGCGCGGAAGCGUCGGCAGCACCGCUGUCCGGCGGCUUUCUGCUCUGUCGUCGAUUUCUGGCGCUGGACGCCGAGAUUCGAGCAACCACAGUCGUGCCAGCAGCACCAUUAUGCCUGGCUGGACACCCCAUGACAUUCACGCCGUCAUGCCAAAGACCAUCACGAUCUCGAACUUCUUUGUUUUUCUGGAGGUCUACCGAUACAGAGAGGGCCUUGACAGGAAGCAGAUCAUGGAACUUGACGCUGCCUUCAACAAGUACGACCGACGUGGCUUCGGAGAGAUCGACGUCAAAGAUGUGGGCAAGGUACUUCGCUGGAUGGGAUAUCCUGCCAGCUUCGAUGUGCAGCAAAUGCUCGUCAAGGAGGUGGACAUCGACGAGUCCAAUACGCUGGAUGCCGUCGAGAUGAAGAAGCUGGUGCGGAAGUUCCAAGAGAAGGAGCUGACGUCAUGGACGACCGCCUUCAACCAAAGCCUCAAGAAAGGCUGUGGCACCUUGGAGGUGCCUGCAUGUGCUCGCACUUUGCGGAGCUUGGGCAUCAAGGCCUCAGAGUCCGAGGUCGAGGAGAUCCGUGCAAGCAUCGCAGCCAGCUUCCCGAGCAGCAAGAACCGUCGAUUCAGCUCCAUCAUGGCCUCGACGCCGGCAGAAGCCCCUGCACAGAAGCUGGGCCCUCCAGUGAGCCUGCUGCUGAGCCGCCCCUCCAAGGACAGGAUCUCCGUCACGUCGUGUGUGAACAGCAGUUCCUCAAGUUUCGCCGCCAUCUCCACGAGCUCCAGCUCCGAGGAGAAUGUAGAGUCGUCGGAUGAUGAUCUCGAGGACUUCACGGGCAAAGGCAUCGACCUGGCCGUGUUCCACCUGAUUUGCGCCAAGCUCGUGGCCGAUGCCAAGCUUGCUGUGAGGGCCAAUGCAGGGUACACGAUGGAAGAGGUGUCCAUGAUGCGAGAGAAGUUUGCAGUGUAUGAUGCC